CUCUCUCUCUUCUCUCUCUCUCUGUGUCUCUGCCUGUGUGUGUGUGUGUGUGUGUGAAAGUAAGAAUGGCGAGGAAGUGCUCGCAUUGUGGGAAAACAGGACAUAAUUCUAGGACUUGCACAUCUCCUAGAGGCACUUAUGUAGGGCUUCGUCUCUUUGGUGUUCAGCUAGAAACUUCUUCUUCUGCUUCUGCUCCUUCUUCUUGUGUUUUUUCCAUGAAGAAAAGCUUGAGCGUGGAUUCUUUACCAGCUUCUUCAUCUUCAUCUUCUCCAUCUUCCUCAUUCUCUAAUAAUUCAUCAUCCAGAAUCACCAUUGAUGAAAACUCUGAGAGAUCCUCUAUUGAGUAUCUGUCAGAUGGCCUAAUAGAUGCUGCAGCACAAGACAGAAGAAAAGGAAUAGGUUGGACAGAAGAUGAACACAGAAGAUUUCUGGUUGGGCUCGAGAAGCUUGGGAAAGGAGAUUGGAGAGGAAUCUCCAGAAAUUAUGUCACAACAAGAACACCUACUCAAGUAGCUAGUCAUGCUCAGAAAUAUUUUCUUCGACUCGCUGCUGUCAAUAAGAAGAAGAGACGAUCAAGCCUCUUUGACAUGGCGGGUAUAGAGGAGGAUGUUAAAUCUGCUAUUGGAAGCUCGAAGAGUGAAGAUAAUGAUCAGAAGGAUCCUAGCUUGACAUUGACGAUGGGCCUAAGCUUGUUUGAAAAGAGAGAUAAAUCUGAAGUAAAAGUGCCGACGUGGCAGCAUAAUAAUUCCCUGCAGAUGAAAUCUUCUUCUUCAUCAUCAUCACCCACAUCAUCUCCUGAUGAUCUGGAGCUCACACUUGCAGGACCCAGCAAGUCAUCAUCAUCUUCUUCUUUUCUUCUAAGCUCUAUUUGUGUCACAUAAAGUCUGUACUUUUUUAUGUUGUUGCAGAAAUAUAUAUCAGAUCCAAAAGCUGCACUUUUCUUUGUAUUAAUGGUAGUCACAGGACCAAAUCUAUAUGAAUAUCAAUGAAACACUCGGAUAUUCCUAAAAUGGGAUAUUACUAAAA